UUAAAAGUUCUCUUCGGCCGGGACACUGGCGUAGGGAGCCACGGCUGUCUGCGUCGGGAUGCUGCGUGUCUGGAGGCUGUGCACCGGCCCCCGCGGGGUGCUAGGAACGCGCACCGUCCUCUCUCGGGGUUGGCAGGAAGCAAGGUUUCGGGGCGUCCGUCCCCUCAGUUCCAGAGAGGUGGACCACACUGCCACCCUGCCCAUCGGAGGCCUUAGCUACGUCCGGGGCUGCACCGAAUCUCGUCUGAUCUACAAGACCGUGGGACAGUGCCUGGCUGCCACAGCACAGAGGUUCCCAAACCAAGAGGCCUUGGUUGUCCUCCAUGAGGAUAUCAGGUUGACCUUUGCCCAGCUCAAGGAAGAGGUGGACAAAGCUGCCUCUGGGCUCCUGAGUAUCGGCCUUUGCAAGGGUGACCGGCUGGGCAUGUGGGGACCGAACUCCUAUGCCUGGGUGCUAAUACAGCUGGCCACCGCUCAGGCAGGCAUCAUUCUGGUAUCUGUGAACCCAGCCUACCAGGCCAUGGAGCUGGAGUAUACCCUCAGGAAGGUGGGCUGCAAAGCCCUCGUGUUCCCCAAGCAAUUCAAGACCCAGCAGUUCUACAACAUCCUGAAGCAGAUCUGUCCCGAGCUGGAGAAGGCCCAGCCAGGGGCCUUGAAGUGUCAGAGGCUCCCAGAUCUGACCACGCUCAUCUCAGUGGACACCCCUCUGCCAGGGACCCUGCUCCUGGAGGAUGUGGUGGCAGCCGGAAACUCAGAGCAGCGUCUGGCCCAGCUCCGGCACACCGAGCAGUUCCUGUCCUGCUAUGACCCGAUCAACAUCCAGUUUACCUCAGGGACCACAGGCAGCCCCAAGGGGGCCACCCUUUCCCACUACAACAUCGUCAACAACUCCAACUUCUUAGGCAAGCGCUUGAAACUGAACCUGAAGACACCAGAGAAGCCGAAGAUUAUCCUGCCCGCCCCCCUGUACCACUGCCUGGGCUCUGUGGGGGGCACAAUGGUGAGCGUGCUACACGGCGUCCCCUUCGUCCUGUCUUCUCCGGUUUUUAAUGGCAAGAAGGCGCUGGAGGCCAUCAGCAGAGAGAGGGGCACCUUCCUGUACGGCACCCCCACAAUGUUCGUGGACAUUCUGAACCAGCCCAACUUUUCCAGCUACGACAUCUCAGCCAUGAGAGCAGGUGUCGUCGCUGGGUCCCCUGCACCCCCAGACCUGGUCAAAGAAGUCAUAAACAAGCUGAACGCAAAGGACCUGGUGCUGCAGGAUGAAGAGGUUGACCAGCGGGGACAGCAGCCCCCGGGGCAGCUCGGUCACCUUGUUGUGGUCCAGGUAGAGAUUGGUUAUGGAACCACAGAGAACAGCCCUGUGACCUUCACUAGCUUUCCUGAUGACCCCUUGGAGGAGAGGGCACACAGUGUGGGCAAAGUCAUGCCUCACACAGAGGCCAAGAUCGUGAACAUGAAGACGGGGGCCACAGUAGAGCUGAACACACCUGGAGAGCUGUGCAUCCGAGGGUACUGCGUCAUGAUGGGCUACUGGAACGAUCCCCAGAAGACUGAGGAAGUGAUUGGACUCGACAACUGGUAUCGGACAGGAGACACCGCCACCAUGGAUGAGCAGGGCUUAUGCAGGAUCGUGGGCCGCUCUAAGGACAUGAUCAUCCGGGGCGGGGAGAACAUCUACCCUGCAGAACUGGAGAACUUCCUUCACACACACCCACAGGUGCAGGAAGUGCAGGUGGUGGGAGUGAAGGACAACCGGAUGGGGGAGGAGAUCUGCGCCUGCAUUCGGCUGAAGACGGGGGAGGAGGCCACGCCAGAGGAGAUCAAGGCGUUCUGCAAAGGGAAGAUCUCCCACUUCAAGAUCCCCCGGUACGUCGUGUUCGUCACCGACUACCCCCUCACCAUCUCGGGGAAGAUCCAGAAAUUCAAGCUUCAAAAACAGAUGGAACAGCAUCUAAACCUGUGAACGAAGGGGAGGGGAGGGGAGUCCCUCCCAGGCCCUGCCUGCCCUUCCCCCACACUCCCCUCCUCUGUCUUUGUGAUUUGACAUAAAGAGCUUCUCUGUUUUCUUUGGCUGA